AUGAUGUGCGAUUCGGGAGAACGAGCUACAGAAGUCGCUCCCCGCCGAGGGAAGGGACCGGGGGCGGUGCAGCGAGCGUUCUGCGGGAAGGCGGGUGGCGAAGAUCCCGACGAGGGAGCCCCCCACCCACCUGCCGCAGCCGGAUGGGGCAGGGCAGGGCCGCAGCCAGGCUUGGGGGUGGCAGGGAGGGACCCGGCGGCCUCGCGCCCCCUCCCCCCGUCAGUGACAUUCCAGCGGCUGCGCGGAGCCUCGGCCCCGCUGUUCCCUUGCAGCCCACGCGCCACAAAAGCCGCGGCGGCGGCUCCUCAGGCAGCACAGCGGCCCGUCAGUCUCACCUGUCCCCGACGCCGGCCCCGCCCCGCCUUAGGGGCUGCCCGGGUCCCGCCCGGCGUCGGCUGCCCCGGACCCUGCUCCCUCCCGAAGCUCCCUGGCUGCCCCUCUCACCGGCUCUCGGGGGGUGAAGGGCGUGGGUGCGUCGGGCCGAGGGGUGCUGAGGAACUAAGGAGCCUCCACGGCUUGAGCUCCGCACCGUUCCCUCCGCAGCGAGUAGUGGCGGCGGCGCGCGCGCCCCGCCUCUUUUAUAAGCGGGAGCGCGCGCUCCCGCGGCGGGCGGGCGCGAGCGCCGGGGGAAGCGCCCGGGCGCUGCGCGAGGGGUUGGGGAACGCGCAGGCAGAGCGAAGGGGGCGGGGCUCUCGCCUGCUCGCCACCCGACCGCCCAGCGGAAAGGGCCGAACGAUCCCGGAAGGAGCCGAAGCGGCGAUGCAGGGGAAGAGGAAAAUAAUGUGACAAAAACAUGGAUCCUCAGCCUGAUAAAUGAAGUCAAGUCUGAAAGCAAGAAAGGAGACAAGUAAGUACUUGAAUUAAAAUAGGCAGUCCUUAGUAUUCUACUGUAAGGAAUCUGAUGCUACUCCCCAUCAGGAGCUGCAUCUCUUAUCUAGUAAUCAUUAUCUCUAUCCGUGAGUAUAGAAAACCUGGCCUCCCAGUGCUCUCCUUUCUUGGUUUACCAUUGAAAUCCAUUAGGAAUGCAAGGACAUAUGCAAGACC